AGGGUUUCUCAUCAACAUAAAACUUUAGUUUUCUUUCUUCUUCUCUCUACUCUUUCAACAACUCUUCAACAGAAUCAAAAUGGUUUUCAACGACUUGUCUGUACGUGCUCCUUCUCCUCCCUCAACGGGAUACAGUAUCAUCGAUAUCCGUACACCUACUAAUGGUGAUGCCAAGGAUAAUGAUGGUAUCAAGGUCAGCCGCCCUCCUUCCCCUCCUCAUUCUGCUGAUGCUUCUGAUGCUUCUGAAGAUGCCUUUGAUCACUCGGAUUUAUCCAAGACUAUAUUGGACUCCUUGGACAAGCCAGUCAACCAAAAAUCAAUUCCUACUUAUGUCUUGUAUGAUAAAAAAGGGUUGCGUCUAUUCGACCAAAUUACCUACUUGGACGAGUAUUAUCUGACCAAUGCCGAACUUGAUAUAUUGCAAAGAAAGGCUAAUGAACUCGCAGCUCGUCUCGAAAAUGGUAGUAUGAUCUUUGAACUAGGUGCUGGUGCACUUCGAAAAACCCAAGUCAUUUUACGAGCUAUCGAGAAAAGGCAAAUUCAUGUCGAUUACUAUGCUCUUGAUCUUGAUCAACAUGAACUUGAUCGUUCUUUGAUGUCGCUUGGUGAAUUCCAGUAUGUCAAGCUCUUUGGUCUUUUGGGUACCUAUGAUCAAGGCAUUCCCUGGAUUAACCAGCAUUUCACCUCCAAGGGAAUCAAAAAGGCAUUCUUAUGGCUCGGUAGCUCCAUUGGCAACCAAACUCGCCUUGAAUCUGCUCUUUUCCUUAAGCGUCUGCAAGAGAUGUGUGUGGAACCAGGUGACCUGUGCGUCAUUGGAUUCGACAAGCGUAACCAUACUGAAAAGAUUAAAACUGCCUAUAAUGACCCCAAAGGUAUCACGCGUGAAUUUAUCAUGAAUGGUUUGGACCACAUCAAUCGAAUUAUGGGGUGCGACAAGUUUAUUGAUCCUACCACUUUUGCCUAUGACUCUGCCUAUCUCGAAAAUCAAGGUCGUCACGUCGCUCAUUACCGUGCUCUGGACAAUAUGGUUCUUAAUUACCGAAGUGAUGCCUUCGAUCGCACGAUCCAGGUCAAGAAGGAUGAACUCAUUCAUGUUGAGCACUCGUACAAGUAUUCAUUUCAAGAGAUCACAAGCCUUCUAGCAGCUGCAGGCUUAGAUAUGGCUGAGUGCUGGACAGACUCGAAGGACCAGUAUCGGCUCGUAUUGGCCGAGGUUCGUCCGUUUAAAUUCGCGUGUAACGUUAAUGCCGUUCGUGAAAUUCUCUUUCCUUCAAAGAAGUCACUAGGUGAAGAGGAAAAGUCGAUUCAAUGUCAGCAUUGUAUUGACAGCAAGGAUAUAUCUGCAUAUAAACGUGAAGCUACCAAACUGGGUGUUUCCUUGUCUGAGAGUGACAUAUGGCCAAUGGACUCACUUCCAACCAUGAAGGAGUGGAAAGAACUAUGGAAAUCUUGGGAUCUUGUUACUCAACAAAUGAUAAAUCAUGACACUAUGCUCUUUGAACGCCCUAUUGCCUUGCGUCAUCCCUUCAUUUUUUACCUUGGUCAUAUACCUGCAUUUCUUGACAUCCAACUCUCUCGUCACAAGGUUGAUAUAGAAGUAGGCCCAGCAAACCCUACUCAACCAGAAUACUUUGCAGAAAUAUUCGAACGUGGUAUUGACCCUGAUAUGGAUGAUCCUACUCAAUGUCACCCACACUCAGAAGUACCAACGAAUGACAGUGACUGGCCAAGUGUGAAAAGUAUUCUAAAGUACCAACAAGAUGUUAGAAAAAGGGUAGUAGAUUUGCUAAACCUCUGGCUCAGUGAAGCGCGUGGUGCUCAAUCAACUGCAUGGAUUGAUAAGGUUAUCAGAAGAAGAAAGCCUGCCCGUGCUUUGUGGAUGUGCUUUGAACAUGAAGCAAUGCACCUUGAAACGAUACUUUAUAUGCUCGUACAAAGUCCAAACACGCUCCCACCCAAAGGCGUCUCUUUACCUUCAUGGAAAUACGCAGCCGAAGCUGAAGCUGAUAUCAUUCCUCUAGCAGAAGCUAGCUAUGUCGACAUUGCUGGUGCUGCCUCGGUCAUUAUAGGUCACAAUGAUAGAGAAGAAGAAGAUAAUAACCCAUCCUGUCAAAAGAUUCAAAGCUUUGGCUGGGAUAACGAAAGCCCUCAACGAGAAUACAAGAACCAACGAUCGUUCCGCAUUCAAACUAGGCCUAUUACCAAUGGAGAAUACUUCGCCUAUCUCAAGGACACAGGCUCUUCUGAUAUUCCUGCUUCCUGGUUGAAGCAAGGUGAUCAACUCUAUGUACGCACCGUGUUUGGACCCUGUCCUAUGAAAUUUGCAAAAGAUUGGCCAGUUCAAGUGUCUUAUAAUGAAGCAAGUGGAUAUGCAAAGUCAAAGGGACGUCGACUACCUACAGAGCUUGAAUUGACUCGAUUCCGCCGAGAGAUAGCCUCAGGUCCUCGUUCCAAGAAAGUACCAAACAUUGGCUUCCUCAAUUGGACACCUACUCCUGUUAAUAAUGAACAAGUCCAUUAUUUGGGAGAUGUCUGGGAGUGGACAGACACCAUCUGGGAUAAAUACGAAGGGUUCCAGUCUUCCACAAUCUAUCCAGGGUAUUCUGCUGAUUUCUUUGAUGGAAAACAUCGUGUUGUAUUAGGCGGCAGCUGGGCUACUCACCCUCGUAUUGCUGAACGAGACACAUUUAGAAACUGGUAUCAAUCUGGCUAUCCAUAUGUGUUUGCUGGCUUCAGACUAUGUGAAUAAGCCUUUUUUUUUUUCUGCGCAUAUUUUCCAUAAUUCAUGCAUCAAUAAAUUUUUUGAACAUUUUUGCG